GUUCCUGGGAGACAGAUGAGGACACACUGCACCAAGGGCUCCGGGAACCCCUCAAGAGGGGAGCCCCGGCUGCUUCCCGGCCCGGGGGGUGCUGGACAAAACCCGGACUUGCUGCUCAGCUCCAGGCAGCCCUGAUGCCCCCGCGACACAAACCACCUCCUCCCAAAAGGCCUGGUCCCCACCAUCCCCGGCCCAAACCCUCGCUCCCCUGCUCCCCCAGCACCCCUUCCCCCAAACCUUUGUCCCCCAGGAUCCCCUCGCCCAAACCUUUGUCCCCCAGGAUCCCCUCCCCAAAUCCUUGACCCCCUACAACCCGAAUACUUAAGCCCCCCCCAGCAGCGCCAUCCCCCGAGCCAGGCCCCCUUGCUCCCCGAGCACCUGUGUCCCAGCGUCAGGCUUUCCCGCUUCCCGCUGCCCGGCCCUUCCCGUCCCGCCCCGGUGCCGCCCCGCGGCCGCGGUGAGGGGCGGAGCGGGGCGGGCCGAGGCGGCCGCCAUGGCCUGGCCGGGGGGAGCUGCCGCCGCCGCGGGCAGCUGCCAGCGUCUGGCAAGCAAAUGUCUCCACACCACGGUGGGGAUUCUGAAGAAAACUGGAACCGAGCACUGGUGGCUGGAGAGGCACUUGAGGGAUCCCUUUGUCAAGGCAGCAAAGCGGCACCAUUACCGCUGCCGAAGUGCCUUCAAGUUACUGGAAAUCGAUGACAAGCUUCAUAUUCUUCGUCCAGGACUUUCUGUUCUUGACUGCGGAGCUGCGCCUGGUGCUUGGAGCCAGGUGGCUGUAGAGAGGGUCAACGCCUUAGGUACUGAUCCUGCUGUCCCCACUGGCUUUGUCCUUGGUGUUGACCUCCUGCGGAUUUCUCCUCUGGAAGGAGCAGUCUUCCUGUCGGAGGCUGACAUGUCAGACCCACGCACGCUGAGGACAAUUCAGAGUCUGCUUCCUGCAGAGCAGGUGGACGUCAUCUUGAGCGACAUGGCUCCUAACGCGACAGGGGUUAAAGAACUGGAUCAUCAGAAGCUGAUCAACCUGUGUUUAGGCCUUCUGGGUCUGUCCCGAAGUCUUUUAAAGCCGAAAGGAACGAUGCUCUGUAAGUUCUGGGAUGGACAUGAGUCCCGUCUUCUGCAAAGCAGAUUGAAGGAGCAGUUCCAAGAUGUGAGAACUAUAAAGCCUCAGGCCAGCCGGAAGGACUCUGCUGAGUCCUAUUACUUGGCAAGACUGUACAAAGGGAGAUGAGAGCUGAGCACCACAGGUUGUCAAGCAGGUGAUCAGACAUGGACUGGACGUCUGAAUUUGUUGUGUGUUUAAAGAAAAAUCUCAGCAUUAAGACCCUGGGAAAAUCUGUCACAGUUCUUAAAAAGUACAUCAUGCUUUUCAAAUACAAAACCAAACAAGAAUGGUGUCCUGCUGAGUUUAUCCACUGAUUAUACAAGCAGAGACAUCCAAUCUAGCUUGUCACCUGUGGAGAAAACUUGGGAAUGGAGAGGAGUGAUCUGAAAGGCAACCUGUGGGGCUGGAGUAAUGGAAAUGAAAAUAAAGCUGUGAUUAUGAGA